AUGAUUCCCCUAGUUUCACCAGAUAAAACAACUACUAAAGAUCCGGAGAACUUCAUAGAGGAGUUGAAGAAGGUGUAUAAGGUAAUGCAUGUGUUCGAUGAUGAGAGUGUUGAAUUGGAUGCAUAUAAACUGAAAGGUGUGGACAGAACAUGGUUCAAUCAAUGGAAGGAUGGAAGGGCUGAGGAUGCACCACAUCAAAGUUGGUCUUGUUUCGAGGAAGCCUUCUUGGGGAAGUUCUUUCCUCUUGAAUUGAGGGAAUCCAAGAAAGGUCGUUCGAGUCGACCACAAUUACAGAAAUCAACGGGGCAUGAACCAUCAACUGCUAGUGCACAUGUGCCCAAAAAUGGACGUGAGCAUAGAGGUCACAAUUCACAGCACUUCAAGGUUAGACCGGCAAUCUCAAGAUGUGGUAGAAUCCACCCUGGCAAAUGUCACGAUGGCUACACCGGUUGCUUCAACUGUGGUCAAGAGGGUUACUUCAUGAGAGAAUGCCCUAAUAAUAAGGAAGGUGGUGAAACUCCGGGCAAUAGUGCCCAAUCUUCAUCAGUAUCUCCACCAAAUAGGGCUGCACCCAGAGGAGUUACUUCUGGUACCGGCGGAGGGAAAAAUCGCCUCUAUGCAAUCAUUACCUGCCAAGAGCAAGAGAACUAUCUUGAUAUUAUCACGGGUAUGAACAAAGUCUUUACUUUUUAUGUUUAUGUUUUGUUAGACCACAGAUCAAGUUUAUCCCUUGUGCCUCCUUAUGUUACAAUUCUGUUUGAAAUUCUCCAUGAAAAGCUUCGUAAACCUUUCAGUGUUUCUACACAUGUUAGGGAGUCUAUUCUAGAGGAAAGAGUGUAUCAUGAUUGUCCCGUUUCCAUCAAUCACAAGAGUACCGGGCUGAUUUAA